AUGGCAUUUACUCGCUCAGAAAAGUCAGGGGCCCGAAGUCGUGCUGGCGGUCUUUCAGAAAGGCUAGACAGUCUUAUAGCUGAGACAGCCACAUCAGGCCUUCCACAGAAACUAAAGGAAAAGCUUACUGCUGGAGAGAAGACGACUGUGAAGGAUUUUGAAGGAAUAAACUUUGCGCAUGUCGAGCAGCCAAAGCCAACCACAUGGCAAAAAUACCUCAAGUUGGAGCUCUUAGAUAGUAUGCAUGAGUGGCUUAGACAACCGGAAACUACAGAAAGGAUAAAAAAUGAGUGCAACGGCGGCAAGGGCUCUAACAUUGUGGCGCUUUUUAGGGAUUCCAUGGAUCUCUUAAAGAGCUCUGAAGCAGAGAAUCUUACACUAAUUGGGAAGGUUGUUAGCCCAAGAGAGACCUCCGUUGGAAAACCGUGGGGUUUCAAAAGCGUCUUGCAAAAGUUACUGAGGCUUCCUCCGUACAAAACGCAGCAUCACUCGUUCGUUGCAGUCGACGUUAAAAUCCCUGAGACCCUCGAGAUAGUGCGCGUCCUCGUCAAUGUUUACACGCAAAAUAAAGGAAACUUUGCAAACCAGGAGGUUUUUUUCAGAGCAGUGACGGACCUUUUUGAACACUACGAGCAGAAGAACAGAUUGUCAUCUGGAGGACCACUUGGGGUUCCCGAGAGCUUACUGGUCCCACCCCUACACCGCAACUACGCAGCAUUGCCAAAGGAAGAUCGACUCCAAGCACUUAAAGACAGUGCAAUGGCUAAUUUUUUUCGUCACAUUUGGACGCUCAUCUUUUCUGUCUCCGCGCACAACAUUUUGAAUGCCGGAAAUCUAGACAGUCUUGAGAAGACGUUCUCUGAUGAGGCGUGGCAAUUAUCAAUUAAUGAUCCCUUCCAGGCAAGUUCAUUUGGAAUGGUUAUGAUGGGGGGAGACAUGGGACUGAAGCUGUUCAAUGAGCUUCUUCCCACGGACCAAAAACGGAUGUUGAAGAAGGCAAAAUACGGGUCGCCAACAGUUUUUACAAGCCAGAUGCAAUUAACUGGCAGUUUGCUCUCCGCUAGCGGCCACUCCGGCUUGGGAAUGUUUCUCCAUGCCCAGUCAGUCUAUUUUGGUGUCAUGAUUAAGAAGUGGAUUCAAAAGCGCAAGGAAGAUCGGAUUCGUGAAAUCAUCUCUUGGUUAACUCUGGGCAUGUUUUUCGCUGCUUCAUUUGUUCAAGUGACGGACGGCGUCAUGGAAAUAACCAACACUGGAAAUGAAACGGGCCAAGCCAGCAUGACAGGAAGCUGUCCUCCAAUGGGUCUCUGUGUGGACAGCAGUGGCAAUACAUUCAUUGCCAACCCCACCGGCUCACCCGCACUUACAGCUCUUCAGGUAGUUAUGAAGACAGGGCUUAUGGCUAGCAUGGCUAUGAUUGCUGGCCCACUAGUUGCCGUGUACAACAUUGCGGUCUCCCACAUCCAGAUCCUCAGUCGCCUUGAAAUGGCUCUUGGAAAUACCUUCAGGCAGCUAGUUACACGACUUUCAAAGAGUAAAACAAUCAAAAAUAUUAAAAAAUUGUUUGCGAAAGAAGAGAAACUAGAAAAAGGAAAAAAAGCAGGUGCGGCCAAGGUGAGCAAGAGCCUCGGAGAUGAAGUUGAGCAGUCGAUUACUGCAUUCUUCCAGGAAAGCUUCCACGAGCGACAGGAACGGUGUCAGCGAUAA